AGACAGAGACGUGUGCGGACAUCAAGCCAUGGACAGGUCUGAUGACACAAUCGAGAUGUCGGCACUGGGCCGCCCUUUCCAGCUGGGGAUGCUAUACGACUGCCGCAAGGAGACACUUAUCCCAGGCAUCUCUCUAUGGGACCUGGACACCCUCCGAAAAGACGUGGAUACAAAACCACAGUCCAAGACGGAAUUUCAGAUCAUUGCAUCAGACACCAUUGAUGCCAAGGCCUCUGCUCUCAACGUCACAGCUUCUCUGAAGGCCAGCUUCUUCUGUGACCUGGUGAAAGUGAACGGAUCGGCUAAAUAUUUAAAUGAUACCAAGACGUCCAGACAUCAGGCCCGUGUCACUCUGCAGUACUCCACCACCACCCAGUUCAAGCAGCUGACGAUGAGCCAUAUUGGUCACCAAAAUGUCUCCUACCCUGAUGUAUUUGACCAAGGCACGGCCACUCACGUGGUCACCGCUGUGCUGUACGGGGCUCAGGCCUUCUUUGUGUUCGACCGGAAAGUGUCUUCAUCUGAGGAUAUGCAAGAGAUACAGGGAGAGCUCCAGGUUAUGAUUAACAAGAUACCAACGAUCACCUUACAAGGGAAUGUGUCCCUGAAAAUGGAUGAACAAGAGAAACACCAGGCUGAAAAAUUCAGCUGUAGGUUUUAUGGUGAUUUUGCUCUUGAGAACAAUCCAGUGACUUACGAGGAUGCCAUGAAAGUUUAUGCCAUGCUCCCCAAGCUGCUGGGGGACAACGGGGAGAAGGCCGUGCCCGUGAGAGUCUGGCUGUACCCGCUGACCAAGCUGGACUCCAAAGCCGCUCGGUUGGUCCAUGAGAUAAGUCUUCAAGUGAUCUUUGAUACCCAGGCUGUGCUGGAGCAGCUGGCAGAAGUAGACAUGCGCUGCAAUGACCUGAUGAAGAACCGCAUUGCCACGACCUUCCCUGAGAUCAGGAGGAAACUGCAGCAAUUCCAAGCCCUGUGCAAGCAGCACAGACAAAUCUUCCAGAAAGAGCUGGCAAGACUCUUACCCUCCAUCCGUGGGGGUGGGAGGGAAGAAGGGGCCCUGGUGGACAUUUUAACUUGCAAGAACCAGUCCCCAUUCAAUACACAGCAACUCAACGAAUUCCUGGAGAACAAGGAACAAGAAAUAAAUUUUGUGAGCUCCUACCUGUCUGCCCUGAAGGAUGUGGAAGUCAUGUCCUCCAAGAGCAAAGUGGAUGAAAUAGUUCUUGACCCCAUGAAUGAGUUUGUCAUCUGCUUUACAUUCACCUCGUUACAGGACGAGGAGCCCUAUUUAUCAGAUUUAAAGCUCUGGCUUCAGACCCACUAUAUGAAGAAUACUCAUGAUCCAGCCCCAGCCAGUCGUGUCAGUGAGAACCCCAAACCCAAACUGUGGUUUGAAGACAAAGAAAGACAUAAAAAUGCCCGCAGAUCUGCAAAAUCCUUGUCAGAAUUUGCCCGUGUCAACAGAUCCUGCGGGAAAUCUCGGUUCCUUGUGGCGUCUGUCCCAAACAAGGACAACCCAGGAGCUUCCAUUUACCUGUAUGAGGAUGGGGAGCUGGUCAGCACCAACUUUGAGCCUCCAGCAAAGCCUCUUCCUCCCCUGAUUGCUGGAAUCAGCCAUGACCGUGUGCAGCUCACACUGAAGCCAGCAGCCCGGGGAGAGGCUGCGAUCACCGGCUAUCGGGUGGAGUACAGAAGAGUGGGGCAGGAGGACUGGACAGCUGUGAGUGUGAAUAACAAACAGGAAUCAUUCCCAGUAGCAGGGCUACGGGCAAACACCGAGUACCAGUUCCGAUACGCUGCAGUGAGCAAACCAGGGCUCAGUGUGAGCAGUGACAGGAGUGAGACUGUGAAGACAUCCUGCCCCACCAGCCCCCCGGGGAAGCCUGUAACAUUGAAAGUGGAACCAUGUGCUGUCACACUGUCCUGGGAGGCACCAGCUGUCACUGGAGAGGGAGUCACUAUAAGAAAGUACAGGGUGGAGUAUAAGGAAGACACAGGAGAUACAAGCCCGGAAGAAAAAGGCAAAUGGCAGGAGCAAAGGACCAAGAAGAAAGCAGAGUCCUGCACCAUUGAGGGGCUGAAGCCUGGGACGUCCUACGUGCUCCGAGUGUCAGCGGUGUGCACGGAUGGUGCUGUGAGUGACCCCAGCGAGGCGGUGUCCGUUUCAACGCUGGGAGCAGAAUCAAAGUCGUUAGCUCACGAGUACUUGAAGAAGAGCGCUCUGAUAGGGGACCAGAAGCCCUCCGUGUACGCACUGCCCCUGGAGGAGGCAGCGCGUGGUUCUAGCUCGUCUUGUUUGAAGUACAGGCUGGGAGCAGACAGCUCUCCCGCCCACAGAAAGGUCAUUAUGGUGAUGGGAGCAACCGGGUCUGGGAAGACUACUCUCAUCAAUGGGAUGAUCAACUACAUCCUGGGAGUGCAAUGGGAGGAUGAUUUCAGGUUCAAACUGAUCCACGAAGUGACCAACAGAAGCCAGGCUGAGAGCCAGACGUCUGAAGUGACCGUUUACGAGAUCAAUUACAGACAGGGCUUUAAAAUCCCCUACAGCCUGACUAUCAUAGACACCCCAGGGUUUGGUGAUGUGAGAGGGAUAGCUCAUGACAGGCUAAUAAUAAAGCAAAUCAGAGAAUUUUUCUCUACCCCGGGGGACAUUGAUCAAAUAGAUGCUGUGUGUGUUGUAGUUCAGGCCUCGCUAGCUCGUCUAACCCCUGCCCAGAAAUACGUGUCUGAUUCGGUGCUCUCCAUCUUUGGGAAGGACAUAAAGGACAACAUACAGGUGCUGGUCACCUUUGCAGAUGGACAGACCCCCCCGGUUCUAGAGGCCAUUAAGACUGCUGAUGUGCCUUGUGCUAAGGAUGCCAAGGGUACCCCUAUUCAUUUUAAAUUCAAUAAUUCCACACUGUAUGCUAGCAAUGCUGGAGCUGACCAUGGCAGUUCCAAUUUUGAUGCGAUGUUUUGGAAAAUGGGAUCCAUAAGCAUGAAGGCCUUCUUUGAAUCUUUAUUCAACUUAGAAAGUAGAAGUCUGGCCCUGACGAAGGAAGUGCUCAGAGAACGGAAGGAGCUGGAGGCGGCUGUGGAAGGGCUGCGGCCCCACAUCAGGGCCGGACUGAUGAAGCUGGAAGAACUGAGAAAAACAAAGAAAAUUCUGGAGCAGAAGAAGGGUGAAAUGGAAGCCAAUAAAGACUUUCAAUAUGAGGUAAAUGUGACAGUGCCUGUGCAGGAGGACAUCUCUGGUACAGGGAACCACAUAAUGAACUGCCAGCAAUGUCGCUACACCUGCCAAUAUCCUUGUGCAAUCUCUAAUUGGGAUGAUCUGCGAGGAUGUGCAGCAAUAGAUAGUAAUACAGAAUAUUGCAAUGCGUGCCAUGGUAAGAGUUUCUGGAAAGCUCACUUCAAUCCGAAGUACAAGUGGCGUUAUGAGACAAGAAAAAAGAAACAGACCUUCAGUGAACUGAAAGAGAAGUACGAGAAGGCAUCCGGUGAGAUAUUAUCAACAAAGAACGUGGUGGAGAAGCUGAGCCAGGAAUACGCUGCAGUGGAAGAGAUAUUGCUAAAGCUUAUUGACAAAUCAUCUUACAGCCUCCAGCGCCUGCAAAAAAUCACCUUAAAGCCCAACCCACUGUACACUCCAGAAUACGUUGACCUGCUAAUCAUGUCAGAACAACGGGAGCUGAAGCCUGGGUAUCAGGAACGGAUAAAAUCACUGAAUGAAGUGAGGGAAGUAGCUGAUAUAAUAAGGAAGAUUGCUAAUAAGGAGCCCCUGCUGCCAGGAGAGUAGGACAUGUCCAGGAAGGGAGUAGAAAAACUGCCUUCAUUCGGGACAUGUCAAAGACAAAGUGAACCUUGUUUAAAGCUUGUUCCAAUAAGUACUAACUUCAGCUUAGCCAUGAGAAGAAACAGCCAGCUUAACCAGGGGGGCUGGAAGCUCCCGUUACUUACAUAGAUCCUUUCUUUUAAGAUUCAAGAAGGCCGUUUCACUCAGAUUUACACCAAACUUAUUUUAUUUGCUAUAGUCUACACCAGUGCCACUGAUAGCAGAAUCACACCCAUUAAAUUUGAACUAUAUCAUGUAUAACAACAACAACAAGAAGUGGUUUUGUAUCAUACACACACAUACACAUAAACCUGAGUCACCAUCAAAUGUUCACAUGGAAACUUCUCAGAUGAAUCGGACACACAUGACCCUUCUAUCAGAGUACUCUCUCUAUUGCAGGGGUCGGCAAUUAUUUUCGGUAGAGGGCCACUUACCCAGUUUCAGCAAGCUGUCAAGGGCUGCAUAGGUAGUGCCACCCCUUGACAGGUGUCCCAGGCCUUGGUCCCCAUCUUGGGACCAAUGUCUCAGGGCCAGCACUGGUGGGGCCCAGAGCAGGGUAC